CCUCAGACCGCUCACUUACUCAAUGCUGGUCAACCUCAAUUGUUGUCUUGAGUUUUGUCUGAGUACCGAGUAAGGUCUUGAAGAACCUCCCUUUUAUUACACCAACACCCAAUCUUCUUUCAAGCCAUCAUAAUCAGCUCUCCGUCCCUCUUGGAUGGAUCCAACCCACAAACUCCCUGGCCCACCAGGGACCCCGCUCUUCCCUGCUUCCCCGGACCGCGUGAACAAGCAGCGUCCUCUCUCGACAUUCGAGUUGGAAUUGCCCGCGGCAGCUGGGCGGGAACGACCUGAACGCCAUGAACGGACCGGCUCCGUGCAAGACAAGAUUGCCGCGCUCAACUCCGUUGCCAUGCAAGGGAAGCAAUUAGAGAGGAAGGCGAACGAUGCAGCUCUCAAGCGGGCGAUGCUGGGCAGAGAGGAGGCCGAGAGCGAGAUGCGCCGGUAUAGGGAGGAGGCGCGGGCAUUGCGCCGGCAGAUAGAAGAGGGAAAGGAUCGAGAGAGAAAGGUUGGCGAGAGGUUGGAGAGCGUUAUGGAGAACUACGGCAGGGCCAAAGAAACCCAUGCUCAUACACAGGCUUUAUGGGAGAAGGAGAUACGGCGAGCACGCAAGGAAAACUUCAAAUCACAGUCUGUGGUCGUCAAGCUUCAAGAGGAAUUGAAGACCGCACGGAAUAUGGCCAAGCUUGUCCAGGCGGACCUAGAGGAGGAGAAGGAGCGUGGCAUGAAAAGGGAACAGGAAGCUUUCGCAGCACGCUACCAAUUAGUCGGGGUUCAAGAAGAGCUGGCACAAAUGCAGGAGAAGAUCAAGCUGGUGGAGCAGGAACGGGAUGCGCUGAAGACUAUUGCUAAGCAUGAGGAGAUCGCAAGGAUCGCUGCUGAGGGUCGAAUCCCACUCCCCCCUUCUCCACAAGACGAUGAAUUCGCAUCCCCGAAGAAAGCACGCAAGUCUGUUGAUCUCGCCACCAUCACCUCUUCAGCCGCGAGCGAAGACGAGUUGGACGACAUGAGGAUGCGAUUACAGUGGGAGCAGCAACGCGCAGAUAGGGCUCAUGAGCGCGUGGAGUUCCUCGAACUCGAAUGCAGACUCAAUUGCUGCGUAUCAAGAGCAACACGCCCCGUGGAGCCGACAGGCAGCAGUGACCAAGCAUCAACAUCUUUGCCGGUGGAAGCCAGCCGCUCAAGUACAAUCUUCAUCCCUGCUGAAGGGGUCUUUAGAAAAAUAUCUCCAGCUUCACGGGGAGCACCACAGGACGCACCACGGGAAAUACCACAGGAUGCAUCACAAGAUGUACCACAAGACGUACCACCGGAAGCAUCACGGGAAGUACCACAGGAUGUACCACAGGGAGUACUACAGGAAGCACCACAGGAUGUACCAAAUGAAAGACCUGAGGAAGUACCAGAGAAAGUACCAGGGGAAGCACCGGAGGGAGCACCCAAGGCACCCAAGGCGUCACCCUGGAUCUCGCCAGCGAACAACAUGCUGUCGCCCAUGGAUCCUCCUCAGGAUGCCCAACCCACUGAGCCUUUAAGCUAUGCUCGAACCCCUUCCUGUGAACCCCCCGCGCUAGCCGUCUCCCUAGACGCCAACACCUCUCUCCUCUCCCUCUUCGACGCUCCACACCAUUCCGUUGAAACAGAGAAUGACAACGACAAUGCCAUUGAGGACAAUGAGGACAACGACGACACAGUAGUGCGUGCACCCUCCCCCGCACCCCGAGAACCCGUCUUCCACACCAUCUCCACCACCACCACCAUCCCUCUCUCCAACCCUGACCUCGGCCCUACCAUGUCCCGCGAAGAAGCACUCGCCCAGAUCCGCGCCCGUCGCGGCCGCGCCCGCAGCCUCGCCAACGGCACCUUAACGCCCAAGAAACCAACCUCAGGUCCCGAGAGCCGGCGUGACAUCUCGGCGCCAGCGAGUGCGGGCCGCGGCUUAAAAAGCGGUGCUUUGAGAGGCAUGCUCAGAGCCUAACAGUUACCUAACCUUACGGUACGAAAUGGAAUGGAUCGAGCUAGACCUAGGUAUAUAUUGAUGAUGUGUGUUUGAUAAGAUGGAGAGGAGGGAGGUUGGUUUCACUGCAUUCAUAGCACCGGCGUUCGUUAAGGGCGGGAUUGUUGGGUGGUUAGGUACCCUACCUAUCUUGCCUUUUCUACGGGGCGUUCGUUCGUUCGUUCAUUAUUCUAUGCGUAAUGAGGGGGGGGUGGACUGCUUUUGAGGGUGUUUGUCUGAAAAGCUUGAUGAUGUGUACCUAGUUCGUUGUGUUGUGUUGUGGUGUAAGGUAGAGGUUAGGGGGUGUUACUGACUUGCAUAUAAUUAUCUUAUUUACCUCUUCCGUCCCCCCCUUUUCUCCUCCCCCAAUAUAAAUUCCAC